AUGGACACAAACGAGCCAUCUUUCUCCUGUCAUCCCGCAAAACCUACCGAAUUGGACACUGAGCGCCGUAGACACCACUACCACAUGUCCGCUGGCUCUGGUGCUGAAUUCCCAGUGAGCCCUGAUCAGGAAAUGGAGACGCCCGCGGAGGCAUCGCGCUCUAGUCCGGAGUACGCGCAGGUCGACCUGAACGACUGGUAUCCGCAGUAUCUGGGAUGCAUACAGCACUUCCUGGAUCACGCACAGCAUUCGCUAGCCGUACAAUCGCUGGCGGCGUUUGUCAACAUCCGACUUCCCUGCCAGCGCCUGCGCGAUCCUAUUGUUAGCAUGUCCGGCCCCCAGCAGGAGCAGCAGCAGCAGCAGCAGCAACCGCCCCCGACUCUGGGGUUGGACCCGGUGGAUGCCCAAUCACCCUCGGCGUCGCAGGUGUGCCUGAGAUCGUAUCUCCGGCGUCUCAUCGUCACCGGCAACGACACAGCCCCUGUGUUACAGGCUUUCUUCGGGGCGGACUGGGAGGCGGGCCUCGGCUGCAUCUGGAAGCAGGAGCGCGUCAACUACUUGUUCUCGGCGAAGAGUGACGGCUGGGCGUCGACUAAAGCGGCAUACGAUAUCCUGCCGGACGAGCAGACGCCCUUUCUACGACCGCUCCAUGCGGCGACGGAGGAGGAGCUCCGGGUCGCGGAGUCGCGAUGGAGCGAGUGGUUGGCGAUGGAGGAUUGGAUGGUGGGACCGCGGAGUCCCUGGUGA